AGCAUAUAAUAUAAACAAUAUUUUGUGAUAUAGGUAUACCUCUUAGUUAUCAACAUAUUACAGAAUAAAUAAAUUAUUAUUACCAUAAUAAUUUUCUAUUUUGGUUUUUAAAGAAUAAAACAGAAGAUAUUCUGGAUUUAAUAAAAUAAAGCUUAGAACCUGAAAUCUAAAUUGGUGAAACAUUCAACUGAAUAUUGUUUUCUCUGAUUCAUAAAUUUGAAAAUAUGUCACGGAAGUCAAAAAGGUUACAGUCAACAUCUUCCAGUCAGAAGAAUAAUACAUUAAGUCAACAUUUAAGUCAGAGUCAGAGAAAUAGUACAUUAACUCAGCAAACGUUGGAAGAAAGCUUUGGAGGACUUAAUAUAAACGUUGAUGAUCAAGUUAACAAUUUAGUUCGCUAUAUUGUAAAUAGAGCAGGCAGUCAUUUAACUUUCAAGCAGAGUGAACUAAAGAAGAAUGUUCUCAAAGCAGGGCAUCGAUAUCAAGAAAUUAUAGAAAAAGUCACAAAUAUUUUGAAAAAUGUAUAUGGUUACAACAUGAUUGUGUCAGAUCCUUCGAGUAAUUCUUCCCGAGAGUAUAUUAUAAGUAAUGCUUUACCAUAUAUCGACAAUCCUGUUGUCAGAAAUGAAGAUUUGCCUGGAGAUGCUCACAAAGUACUCCUUUUGCUUAUUUUAAGUCAUAUUUUUAUGUCCAAUUCUGUGGUUAGCGACGUUUCUCUCUAUGCAUUUUUGAAAUCGCUUAAUAUUGAUACUGAAAGGAGGCACGACAUAUUUGGUAAUGUAAAAGAUUAUAUUCACCACAGUUUGAAGAAUAAGAAAUAUUUGAAUAUAGAAAUGGAUCAAAUAUCCAAAAAAGUCUCGUUUUCUUGGGGAACUAGAGCAGAAAAAGAAAUAUCAAAACACGAAAUAUUAAAAUUUGUUUGCAAGAUGUACAACGACAGAUUACCAAAUAGUUGGAUAAACCAAUUUAAAGUAGCUGAAGAGCAGGGUUAUGAAAAUGACAAGGAGAUCAUCGAAUAAUUUCUAUCAGAAUUUCUUUAAACCUACAAAUUAAGUUGUAGUUAAGCAUUUUUUAUUUUAUCAAUAAAUUUCAUAUUUAUA